UGUAGCUCAGCCCGAAGCCAAACUCGUAGCGCGGCGUCACGUUGAGAGCGUCGAAUCGCCGGUAGUCCAAGUACACGCCCUCGGUAAAAUCGGACUGCGGAAAGUGCUGGAACUUGUGCGGGGCCAACGUUUUGUCCGCCCGCAGCAGGCCGCCGUAGUCGGCCUCGUCGCGCGCCACCGUGUACGGCAGCCGGCCGGACGGGUUCUCGUCGCCGUACAGCAGCGCCACCAGCGCGUCGCCGCUGUCCUGGCCGGGCAGGUGAGCAAACACGAUGGCCGUAACGUUGGGGUGGUCAGCAAAAGCGUCGACGAGGCGCGUGCCCGCGUUGUGGAAGACCACGAUGGUGUUGGCACACUGCGACGCCACCGCCAGCACCAGCUCGUCCGUGUACUUGUCUCGCACGUUGGGCCGGUCGGCGCCUUCUGUCGCCCACACGUUGCCCGCCACCACGCACGCCCCGGACGUCGCCAUCACCAUGGGCUUCUUGGAGUCAAAGUCCCAGAACAGCUGCGUGCGGUCCUUCUUGGCCCGCUGCAGGAAUGCGUCGUACGGGGCGCUAAACGUGGUCCACGCCGCCGCCCCUGAGCCGCCGCCAGAGAUGAGCGUUCCGUUGGGGGCGAUAUCGGACGCAGGCACCGCGAGACUGUCGAGCCAGUCGAGGCUGAUCUCAGUGAUGUUGGCCGACUGCGCGCCGAUGCUCCACGGGUGAAACAGGUUGCCGGGCAGGAUCUCCUCGCGGUUGUUGCGAUCGGGCGCACGCAUCGAGUAGCCAAACAGCGACAGCGUCUUGAGCCCCUUGAGAGGCAGCGCGCCCUUGUUCUUAACCAGGACGUGUCCCUCGACGGCCCCGUCCCACAGCGUCGACUCGGCUUUAGGGUCCCGCGCGUCCACAAUCUCGUGCGGCUGCGCCAGGUCCUUGGGCAUGCCGUGCCCUGGCGCGGGGUACCCCUCGUCCUGCCCCAUGCGGUACCACGACGCCACGAUGCGCGUCGCCAUGUUGUCCAGCUGCGCCGCCGGCACCGACCCGUUGGCCACGGCCUCCACCAGCAGCGACCCCCACUUGCCGUUGGCGUUGGGCAUGGCCACGUCCAGCCCGCCCAGCGCCGACGCCACGCCCGCCCGCUGCGCGCCCCAGUCGGACACGAUCCAACCCUGGAACCCGAGCUCGCCCUUGAGCAGCCCGUUUUGCGCCUUGCUGUUGUGGCACGCGUACGUGUUGUUGAGCCGGUUGAAGGAGCACAUGACGUUGCCCGUGCCCGCCCUCACCGCGUCCGCGAACGGCCACAGGUACAGCUCGUGCAGCGUGCGGUCGUCGACGUUGGAAGACACCGCCUCGGCCGUCGUCGGCUCGUGCCACAGCCGGUGCGUCUCUUGCUCCUGAGCGAUGAAGUGCUUGGCGCUGGUGAUGACGCCCUGGCCUUGUGUGCCGCGCACCGUCUCGUACACCAGCUGGCCGGUCAGGUACGGGUCGACCGAGUAGCCCUCCCAGUUGCGCCCGCCAGAUACCACGCGCCCUAUGGGGCCGAUCAAGGGGCCCAGAAGCACGUUGACGCCCUUCUUGCGCGCCUCGCCGCCCAUGAAGGUGCCGCGGGAGUGCGUCAGCUCGCGGUUCCAGCUGGCGCCCACGUGCAGCCCCGAAGGGUACGCGUUAACAAAGUCUGUACCGCGCACCCCGUUGCCCGCGUCCACCAGGCAUAGCCCGGGGAAGCCGAGCCUGGCGACGCCUGGCACGAAGCCGUUGCAGCCCGUGGACGAUGGCGCACCGGCCGUCAUGCUGACCUUUUCCUCGACGGUCAUCUGGGCCACGAGCUUCUUGGCCUUAGCCACCGCCUCGGCCCACGGUCCGGUCUCAUGGUUGUUGGCUAUAACGUUAGCGGACGACUGGGAGAUGCCGGGGCUGGGUACACCUCCCACUGCCCCCUGAGCCGAAACACUUACGCGUUGGGUAAACCGCCUCGGACUGGCCGUAAAAGUACGAGUCGUCCUUAAUAACGUCCUGGGCCGCGACGUACGCCAGGAAGGAGAGUAGUGAGAGCCUCAUGGUGCCGUCCGUUCGGUUACGCGAAUGCCACGUCUGGUGUCACAUCCGAUGCUACAUACCGACCGUCUGGUACACGUAUCUUUAUAGCAAAACAAACAGCCACUGUCCACCUCACCACGCUACCUUACGGGUAAUCGUCGGCUCGCGCAGUCGGGCCUUUUCCACCGCCGGACUAUGGGAGUAAGCCCAAAGCCCAGCGUCCCCAUAUGGUCCCCAUUGUGCUCUUUACAUGUUCCCCAUAAGUGCUCCUUUUGUUCCCCAUGCUUCCCCAUAUGUGUUCCCCGCGUGGGGCAGAACAAUUCUAUCGUCUCCGCAUAUCGCUUGGCAUUGCGGGGAACGGACACAUGACCACGAGGAAUUUGCGUGCUAACUGGGUUAUUUCCGCAUUGCGUUCGUGCUAAUCCACUGUUGGUCGCCGCGGUGCAGGUUUGCGUGGGCUGCUUUUCAGCUGGCCAAAGCAUCGGCACUUUUGUCGAAAGCUCGCAGCGUGAUUUUCGUGCUUCGGCUCGCAGCUCGCCCGAUUUUUUGCCGAAACGCUAAGCGGAAGGUUAAUGCGUAAAUGGUUAUCGUGCGGCGUAAAAGCGUAGCAAAAGCGAAAACGGUAGCUAGGAUGCGUUUGCAACGUGGAAUACAAAAACUUUGCUAGUAAAUAUGUCCGCGAAUUUUAAAAGCAGCGGCUUAAAGAGGAAAUUGCUUAAAUUUCUUCUUACAAGCAAGCUGUUAAGAGCACGGGCGAAACCGCCCGGCAGAAAGCGGGGGGCGUUAAAAAGACGGGCGAAACCGCCCGGCAAAAAAGGAAGAAGGGGGCGCUGGCAGCUAGCCGGGCACGAACCCUUCCGGGGAUAUGCCGGCGAGCUACCGGUAUCGCGGCCAAAGCAUAACGGCAAAGUUAAAAAGAUAAACACCUUUGGAAUUGCAAAAGAUAAACAACGCGUUAAAAACUUAAAGCAAACGCGUUUACUUAAUUUAAAAAAUCCAAAACAAAAGGUUACUUUUAAGCUUUCAUGCUUAAAAAAUUGGCAAUUUGGCAAAAUAUCGCCCAUUACAUUAGCAAUUACAAAUUUAUUUUCGAAAACGAAAAGGAACGUUACACAAUUAAAAAGCUUGCGGGAAAUACCGCUAUUAAAUAAAAGGAUUACAAAUCGUUUAAAACGUUCCGGAUUUGUUAGGAUUUGGUAA